AUUUCUAAAAUCUUAAGAGAGAUUGAGUUUUUAAAAAAGAUGUUGUGUUUGUUUGUUUCUUUUUUGUUUUUUUUGGCAUACAAGCGAUAGGGUGAAGGGAAAAAUCGAGAUUCAAGUGCGUUUAAAUGAGGAAAUUUAAAAGUAUAAAGAAUUUCAUAAAUGACAAAAUUUAAAAUAACGGAAAUUAAUGUUCUAGAAUUUGUAAAGUUUUUUGUUUGGAUGAUGGAUUUAAAACACGAAAUUUAACAUUUAUAAAGUCAUCUAAAUCCAAAACCACUUUUCUUACUGGGUCAGGCCCAAAUUUCAAGCCCACUUUACUUACAAACCCUCUCCUUUGUUGAAUAACAAACACCAACAAAAAAAAAAAGAAAAAAAAAAAGGGAAACCCUUCUCUUUCUUUCCCUGCUAAGGUUUUAGGUCCAUAUUCCAUAGCUUCCCUUCGCUCACUUUCUCGCUAACCAAACAGAGAUGGGAAAGAACAAAAGCAAAGAUGGUGGCAAAACGAGAAGCGAAAGCGAGCACUCUGCCUCCACUGUCUUCGUCUCCAACUUGCCCUACUCUUUCACCAACUCUCAGCUGGAGGAGACAUUCAGCGACGUCGGACCAAUUAGGCGGUGCUUUCUGGUUACCCAGAAAGGGUCAACUGAGCACCGUGGUUUUGGUUAUGUUCAAUUCGCUGUCACAGAAGAUGCUAAUCGUGCUAUUGAGCUAAAGAAUGGUUUAUCCAUUGGAGGUCGAAAAAUUGCAGCCAAACAUGCCAUGCAUCGUGCUUCCCUUGAACAACGAAGAUCAAAGACAAAUCAAGGACUCGACUUGGAUGAGACCUUGAAGUCAAAAAAUGACAAGGAUGGUGAAAAUUUCAAAGCAGAAAAGGAUGCUUCGAGCUUGCAGGAAAGAGAGAAACCUGUGAAGGCCAGAAAAGCCGCUGCACUAUGUAAUGAUGCAGUGGCAAAAGUGGGUGGUUCAGAAAAGCAGAGGGUUGCUAGGACAGUCAUAUUUGGUGGCCUUGUUAAUGCUGGUAUGGCAGAAGAAGUUCAUCGUCGAGCCAGGGAGAUUGAUGCCGAAUGUUCAAUAACUUAUCCUCUUCCCAAAGAAAAGCUUGAACAACAUGGUCUGAUGCAAGAUGGAUGCAAAAUGGAUGCUUCAUCUGUACUUUAUAACAGUGUUAAAUCAGCACAUGCUUCUGUUGCAACAUUACACCAAAAAGAGAUUAAAGGUGGAAUUGUUUGGGCACGCCAGCUGGGUGGGGAGGGUGCCAAGACUCGGAAAUGGAAGCUCAUUGUUAGAAAUAUUCCUUUCAAGGCCAAAGAGAAUGAAAUAAAAGAGAUAUUUUCAUCAGCAGGGUUUGUCUGGGAUGUAAUUAUACCACACAAUUCUGAUACAGGGUUACCUAAAGGUUUUGCAUUUGUCCAAUUCACACGCAAACAGGAUGCAGAAAAUGCAAUAAAAAAGUUGAAUGGACAAAUGCUUCUUAAAAGACCCAUAGCUGUUGACUGGGCUCUUUCAAAGCAGAUAUAUGGUAGUGUCACUGGGAAAAACGCUCUUCUUGCGUCAGAAGAUGGACAAAAGGAUGGAAGUGAUGGAGAAAAUGAUAGUAGCAGUGAAGAUUUAGAGGGCGAUGCUGGGCAUUUCGGUAAAAAGUCUGAGCACGACGAUGGAAUCGACAGCGAUCCUGAUAACUCUAAUACCAUAGAGAAGAAAGACAUCCCUACUGAAAUAAAUUUUGAAGAGGAAGUAGACAUUGCAAGAAAAGUUCUAAAGAACUUGAUCACACCGUCUGCUACAGAAACUCCUCAUGAUGAUCUUGCACUGCCCCAAAGCGACAAGGAGCCGUCUAUUUUUGAAUCUCCUGAGGAGCCCAGUAAAUCAUCUUUUGAGACUGCAAAAGCAUCAGAUGUUACUGAGCCUGAAAAGUUAAGCAAAAGCGUAGCACCAAAUCUUCAACAGACAGAUGAAGAAGAUGAUUUGCACAGAACAAUUUUCAUAAGCAAUCUUCCUUUUGAUAUCAAUAAUGAAGAUGUCAAACAAAGGUUUUCUACCUUUGGGGAACUUCAAUCUUUUUUCCCAGUCCUUCAUCCAGUCACCAAGCGACCAAAAGGAACUGGCUUUCUCAAGUUUAAAACAAAAGAUGCAGCCAGUUCUGCAGUUUCAGCGGGGAAUGCUGCAUCUGGCCCGGGGAUUUCUCUUAAGGGUAGACAAUUGACCGUCUUGCAGGCUUUGGAUAAAAAAUCGGCUCAUGAUAAGGAAUCAAAUAUGGCCAAAAAAGAGGAUCUGGACCGCCGCAAUCUCUAUCUGGCAAAGGAAGGCCUUAUUCUUGAGGGAACUCCAGCUGCAGAAGGGUGUGGCAGUGAAGGAUAUUUGAAACGCCAAAUGGAGGAGAGGAGCAAGAUGAUGAAACUUCAAUCUCCAAAUUUUCAUGUCUCGAAGACAAGAAUAUUUAUAAAAAAUUUGCCGAAGUCCAUGACUGCAAAAGAACUAAAAAAACUUUGUAUUGAUGCUGUUACCUCACGAGCUACAAAACAAAAACCUGUGAUCCAACAGAUAAAGUUCUUGGAGGAUGUGAAGAAAGGAAAGCUUGUUGCAAAGAAUUUCUCUCGUGGAGCUGCUUUCGUUGAGUUUACAGAGCAUCAGCAUGCACUUGUGGCCCUGAGAGUUUUGAACAACAAUCCUGAAACUUUUGGUCCUGAGCAUCGCCCAAUUGUGGAGUUUGCACUUGAGAAUGUUAAAAAAUUGAAUAUACGAAAUGCUAAGAUACAAGCACAGCAGCAUGCAGCUUAUCGUAAUCGGGAAAACGUGGAUCAAAAUGAAGGCUCAAAUAGACCAGAUACUCAUCCAAGCAAGAAGUCCAAAAACUCGAAACAAAAAGGGGAGAAGCGAAAAUUGGAUGAUUCAGUACCAAAUAAAGAAGAAGUUGAAAAUAAGUUUAGUGAUGGAGCUGCCACUGAAAGACACAGAGGUUCUAAGAGGCAGAAAAAUGGUCCAUUUGGAAAGGAAAAAAAGAUCUCAGCAAAGGUAUCAGAACACUCAACAACAGAGAAGGCGGAGGGCUCAAAACGUGAACCAAACAAUCAUCAAGAUGGCAGGAAGGCUGGUGGUGGAAGAUCAUCUGAAGGUGAAACCGCAGCCAUUGAUGCACAAAAAUCAAAACCUUUGAGAAAGACAAAUGUGCUACCUAAUAAGAGGAAGCUACAGGAGCAGAAAGAGGUAGAGGGGGGAGAGAAUGUGACGAGGAGACAAAGACCAAAGAAGAACAAGGACCCAUUAGGGCGGGAUGUUACAGAUAAACUUGACAUGCUGAUUGAACAAUAUAGAUCCAAGUACUCGCAACGGAGCUCCGUUCAAACUGAUGGCGAAAAGCAAGGUGCCAGAAAGCUUAGAAAAUGGUUCCAAACAUAAUUUUAUUUUGAUUUUGUAAAAUUUCAUGAUAAGUCUCACAAGUGAGGAGUAAAAGCAGUUGCUGGAUAUGCAGUUGCUAUAAAUUUUGCGCAUUGUUUAACUUUUGGCAAUAUUUGUAAGCAUGAAUUUACUGUCUGGCAUUUUGGUUGAAUAACUAUUGAUCCCAUAAUGUGUUUUUGAGGGCUAAA